UGCGAAUUGAAUUAUCUGUGACGGAUUCGGUACUCAUUAUUUCCAACUAUCUUAUCAGAGUAUCUUACUUUUUAUUCAUAGUUCUAUCCUCAGGGAUUAGUUUAUUACAUUUUUUGUAUUUCGCCCAGCUAUUCUGAAAGUGACUGCUCGGAAAUUUUAUCGGUAAAAUUUUGUUUCAUCCACCUGUAGAGGAGUAUUCAGCAAGUCAGCAUUUUGCCACAAUGGGCACUUGUGUUCUAAGAUUUCUGAAAUUUUGAGUUUCACAAGCAUUAUUUGUCGUUCAGACACUUAGAACCCGGACGGUCCUCAUCCAAGUUGAAAUGGUUGAUAAAGCUGUUCGCGCAGAUGAUGCUGAGAACUCCAACCAAAUUGCUCGAACAAAUCAAGAUUCAACCGUCAGUAAUGGCGAAGAGCAACAGGGAGAACAAGCAGAGCAGAGGCAGCCCUCUCAUCUGGAGUCCUUUCUUGGGAUAACUAAAACCCUCAUAGUGCGAGCCCUUAUUAUCUACUUAAUCACUUCAUUCUUCAGGCGACCUCAGCCGGAUAACCAAUCAUCAACCGCACCUGCUUUAGCAAAAACUACUGCAUUUAACAUUUUUGAAAAUGGAGCAUUUUUGGAUCUCUAUGUCUACCUGUCGGAAGACCCGAAUUUCCGUAACUACAGUGAUUCCUCAUCGCUGAUUUGGAAGCAAGAAGAUUUGCAGUAUGGUGACUGGACAGCAGGACCUGCAGGUGACGGAUCGUUUUCGUUUGUCACUAAAUUUACUCCGUCUGAACACCUCAAAAACAAUGGCUCUAUCUAUCUGCAUGUAUUCUUUAUUAAAUCAUCUGCUCUUACACCAAAAGAACGAAAUUCCGAAGCCAAGUUCACGUCUAAACAUGCCGUCAAGCAAGUGAAGCAGCUGAAUCGCUUUAAAAAGCUCAAGUUCAUCAAAACGCAGAACCUGCUGACUGGCAAGACAACAUUGACUGAAGCUGAAAUCAAGAAAGCAGAAACGCUCAAGUCAGAGAUCGUCUCACACUGGCACCCGAAUGUCACGGUAAAUCUUGUUGCCGACCAAACGGCAUGGAGUCCUGCAACAAUCCCGGCACCUCUGAACGAGUAUAUCGAAUUCAGUCCUACAGGCGACUUCUACAAGCCGAUCGUAUUUUUCAACGAGUUCUGGAACAUGAACAGGGAUUACAGGCCGAUCAACGACACGACCGAAGAGCUUGACUUGCAUAUCACAUACCAGCCAAUCUCACUUAUCCGUUGGCAGAUUUACUCAGCACAGUCGAUGCGUAACAAGUGGACUUCCAAUCUCCUAGGUGACACGUUUGCAGAAGAAGAGGAUGAAGACCAGGACUCGCUGAAAGAAGCGUUGCUGGAAACAUCGCCAUAUCUCAUCGCACUCACUGUUGCAGUCUCUUUGUUGCACAGUGUUUUUGAGCUGCUAGCAUUUAAAAAUGAUAUCCAGUUCUGGAAUAACCGGAAAUCAUUAGAGGGCCUGUCUGUACGUUCUGUGUUCUUCAACGUAUUUCAGUCUCUUGUUGUGCUUUUAUAUGUCCUUGACAAUGAGGCCAAUUUCUUGAUUAAAGUUAGUUGUUUCAUCGGACUGGGUAUUGAAGUUUGGAAAAUUAACAAGGUUGUAGACUUCAAAAUAGACCGAGAGCGACCAAAAAUCCUGGGUGUUAUCCCCAGACUUACUUUCACGGACAAAGGCUCGUACGUUGAGUCCAGCACCAAAGUCUAUGAUGAACUUGCUUUCAAGUACCUCUCAAUCGUUCUGUAUCCACUUCUUGGUGGCUACGCCAUCUACUCCCUAAUCUACCUCGAGCAUAAAGGCUGGUACUCAUGGGUCUUAAAUAUGCUCUACGGAUUCUUAUUGACUUUUGGAUUUAUCAUGAUGACACCUCAGUUAUUCAUCAACUAUAAGUUGAAAUCAGUGGCACAUCUCCCAUGGCGUAUGAUGUCUUACAAGUGCUUGAACACAUUCAUAGAUGACAUUUUUGCUUUUGUGAUAAAGAUGCCAACCAUGUACAGGCUUGGUUGUUUCAGGGAUGACAUCGUAUUCUUCAUAUUUCUCUAUCAACGGUGGAUCUACAGAGUUGAUCCCAAGAGAGUAAAUGAGUUUGGUUACUCUGGUGAAAUGGAAGAACCAACUGAAAUGCCCGUCCAAGAGACGUUGCCUAUAGAGGAAAAGCAGAAGGAGGAAAAGAAGAAGGACAAGUAAACAUGGGGAGUAGACGCAGCAUAAAGUUCCAAAAUGAAGACUUUGCCCUGGGUAUUUUGUUAUGGCUGUACAGUAUUUUCUUGUUAUUCCUGACCUGCCGUCAGAUUUUCUCCUCAAUGACUGCAUCUGCUUGAAAAAAGUCUAGCCUGUUCAUCAAUCGAUUCACGUUUGCAGCAUACAAUCUUGCCAAGAUGUUCGAAUAGGAUAAAAUUAAAAAUUUUACUGAACUUACUCAUUGUGCAAUAAGCAGCGAUUGGUCAAGUUCAAAAUUUCAGCUCAGCUGAUUGUUAUGAAUGAAGCUUUUUGUCAGCAAAAAUGUUAACAAAAUUUGUUCUUCAGAGAACUCUCUCCCUUGAAAGUUCUCCUGGCAAGUUAAUUCUGCAGUUGCAGUCAUUUUUUAGUGUAUUUUUUGAAGGAAAUAUACAUUUUUUUUUUUUUUUAUAAAUAUUUUUUUUCCCUAUUAUUGUUGUCAAAUGCUGAGUUGUGCUUCCCUUUUUUCAUCGAGGGUCUGUUUCUUUUUUUUUUUUUAAUUAUCACAUGAAGGUUUUUAAAGUGUAAUUUUCGUAAGUUUUUUUUAAAUUUGAAGUCUUUAUCCCCAUGUCUCUUAGUUGAUAGUUUUAUUGUAAAAAAUCGUUUCUUAUUUUGUUUUUAGAAUGCGAAAAAUGGGAAAAAGCAAUAAGUCUGUGGGACAGUAUUCAUGAUAAUAAGCGUCAUCUGAACCUAAGAUCAUUACUUAACUAGUAUCUCCAGAAGCAGCGCGCAGUAGUUCAGAUAUAGAUGGCCAAAGUCGGAAACAACAUUUCCCCUCUGUGAUGUUUCAAAAUUCCCUCUCCUAUUUCAUUUUUUCGAAGAGAGACAAACUAACUUCAUAGCUUGAAAUUUAAGCAAAAUAUUCUGCUAGUAGAGAAGGGAAAUCAAGGAAGUGUUGAAGACAUUACAUUAACUAGUUUUUCAAAGGAAAAGUAAAGUAUGAAAAAAAAUUUGGAACGUCGCGAUCAGCGAUACGUGAUGUUGUCAUUUCGUCAUCAAUGUACCUCAGUUUUUGUCUGAAACUAGUUUCAGUGUGGAAUGAAAUAAACAGGAUCAGGGAAGGAUACAAAUUAUCUCUCGCAACACAUCUGAAACCUCAGAAUCUUAAAACUAUUUUAAACCAAUGAUACAAGAAACCUAUAUACCUUUCAAAAUGAAUGUACCCUAGGGCAUGAAAAGGAUACAAGACUCUUCCAUGCAGAGGGUGUAACCAUUUUCUUUUGAUUCUUAUAGCGACACCAUUAGACUUUUCCAGCCUACUUUUAGAGCUCUAUUUUUGAUUUGAACAAAAAUCAUGGACUUCAAAGUUUGAUAGAAUUUUUUUCGUCACCCUUUUGCUCAGAAAAACAGGUUUUCGUUUCAGGAAAUAGCUAUCUGUUUGGUCUUAUCGGUUUAAGCGCCUGAGUAUUCAGCAAGAAGCAGCUCAUUUUUCAGUUUUUUGUUUGAUUACUGCAUCAUUUGUUGUGCUUAGUUGUUAGCCUAUUAAUUUUGGUUUUUUAAGUUUGCUAUCUAAAAGGCUAGUGUCUGAUCAGUCCCAGAAUUUUGGAAUUUUUGUAACUCAAGUUUUCUCUAGUUUUAAAUAUUGUCAUACUUGUUUCCGUCUUUUUUUGUCUACAUAGUACAGAAAAUCAUCUAAUACUUCUCAUCAUGGAAUUGAUUGAACGUUUCUCUUUAGUUGGUUAGAAGUUGGUCUUGGGAAACACUGAUUUAAGUGUUAUUUUAGAGGAAGAUUUAUUUUUGAAAAGGUUUACGCCAUAAUGGGGAAAAAAGGUUUUGGCAUUUCUGACAUCUUGGAAUGAAGUCGAUGAUGCAAGUACAGACUUUUUCAUCAUCGCUUUUGUGAAAAGUGAUGUGGUUUAUGGAUGAAGAGUAUACAUACUUCAAAGAUUGUCUGGAAGUAUAUUUCAGGUCGCAUUUUGCUAAAACUAAGGACUUUACAAUCUGUUUUCCAUACUUUGGGUUAUCCAGGAAAGUUCACAGCACAUUGUAUCUGCGUUUAUCAUGGUGUACCUAAACUAACCAGAAUUUGCCACCACCUUUUUUUUCUCUCUCUGAGGGUCAGGAAGAGCAGUUGCAUAUUGAUUUUUAAUUGUCUGACCGAUCAGUUUCUGACUUGCCCUGGAACUUUUUCGAAUAUUCACUAUCGAUAGUUUUAAGCAAUUAUGAUUAGGAAAAUAUCAUCAAUAGGUAGGUUUGAUUUUUAACCUUGAGUGAAAUAAUAAUUGAGAAACUUAUUAAAGAUAUGAAACAGUGUAUAUAUUAACAAGUCAUCAUUGUCCAGUGCUGCUAAACCAAAACCAUCGGUGAAAUGUUUCAACUUGAAAAAAAGUAUCUCAGUCCAAGUAGAGAUGCUGAAUAACUUUCAAGUCAGUAGAGAUACUUAACAGUUUCAAUGGUUUGUACUGGCAUGAUGACCGUAAGGUUUUGACAUUCUUUCCCUUGCAAUGUAAAAUGUGAGACUGCCAGAGAUCUCCAUUAACGGUCUGCAAGCGACUAACAUCAGUGAGUAUUGCGUUACUGCAAUGGUUGUGUGCCUAAAUUGACGCACCCUCUGCAUGGUAGUAGAAAGCAAGUAUGGACACUGAAUCAGUAAGCCUCUGUUCGGCUCGCUUGUCAUAAGCAACAUUUCCUGACAGUGGAUGAGCAUUGUUGGUUCUUAGUUUAAAACUAAUUGCAGGUAAAUUUUACCAAGGUCCAGCGCUCCUCUGGUAGUGUGGUCUCGGGCUUUCUUUUCUUUCAAAUUCGUACUAAAUUAAUCGUCUUAUGCUUUAAAAUUCAUACGUACUUGUUAUUGUGUGAGAGUGUGAAUGAGUGGUAAAACGGUCUCCAUAUGGAUUCCCGUGAGUCACCAGAUUGAAUGUCGAGAAGUCACCGUUUGCAUUCCCUCAAAUAAGUUGCUGAGAGCUGAAACUCUGUCUCUAUUUUAUUUUUCCCCUCUCUUAUUUUUUUACUCAUCUCUAAAUUUUUCAAGUUUUUGAAUGAAAUUGUGUUCCUGGAUUAUCCGUAGACCUUUGAAGAAAUAUUUAAAACAAGCACAACAUUAUGCAAGUUCUCUCACUACUUGCCUUUGCAAACUAUUCCCAACGAACACAAUUUUUAUAAUCCUUUUAGACAUCCUAAUUCUGCUUUUUCAAAUUUGGCUUUUGUGGACAAGUGGGCUUUCACAGCUUUUCUUGUUCAAAAGAUGAGACUGCAUAAUAUUGAAGCUAGAGCAGCAUUUUGCUGUGAAGUGUUUAAUUUUAGCAGAAUUUUUAAGCAUGAACAAGUUCAACUAAGACUGAGGACACAAUUAAUGCAUUUUUCAGUCGCACAGAGUUGAGUGAUUCUGGUGCCUUCAUGUAACCAUUAUCUAGUUAUUGUAGUGGAAUGUUUUGUAAAGCUUUGAAAUCUAAAACUCCAGUGACUGAUAGUCUCAAAAUGAACCUUUUGUUGUUCACGAGAAUAUCUCAAACUUGAGUAGUUCUUACCUCAUCAGUACCUGAAUCCAAGUCCCAAAUUUUGUUAGACCCUUCUCAGCAGUCUAAAUGAAGUGAAAGCACUUGAAUGGUCAGCCAAGUUAAAUUUUCUUUUCAAGUGUACGGAAGUUGGUCUGUUGUGUUUCUCCUGGCAAAAUUUGGGACCAGGGUCAGUUGAUGACCUAACUCAAGUGUGCAGAUUUGAAAUUCCAGUGUUCGUAAGUCAUGACGUAAAUGGUUUACUAUUCAAGCCAAACCCCACUUUCAGUCAAUAGAGAGGCCUGUUUCGUAAAUGGUCUCAUCGUCUGUUUGAAAAUAGGUUUCACUUAAUGAAGUGCUUCACUGACUGAUAAUAUAUUUGGAUUUCUUGUAAUGCAGUUAUUCUUGCAUUGAACAAACCCUAGUGGCCACUAUUUUCAGAUUGUGCCCAUUAAGUAUUAGAUUUAGUUUGAAUCUUUCAAACCUAACUUUUCAAUGAUCCACAUUGGACCACUUAAUCUUAACUUUUCGGUACUUGAAAAUUAGAAGGAAAAAAAUGUAUUUAGUUCCCAGUAAUUGAAGAGUUUGCCCAUAGAAGAGUGUCUUUGAAGAAGAUUGGUUCCAGGCCCAACUCAUUUAGAGCUUUAAAGUGGCCUUCAGUGUUGCAUAGAAGCUUUGGACAAGUAUAAAAUCAUAACUGUUUGUUUCCAAAAAUAGCGCUGAUGAUGUAAAAUUGGUUUCUACAACAAAAAUUUUACACCACACCCCUCUACGGGCAGACUUCAAUUGUUUCACAACCGGGCAGGACAUUCCUAAUUUGCUUUUUGAUUGUUAGUGGACAGGGCACAUGUAUUAAUUUGAGAAAACUUGUUGCACAUUUUGAUGUGUAAAAAACUAAUCACAGUGCUCUGACUAAGGCAAUUCCCAGAAAUUGUUUAAGGUUUUCAACCUCUCUCAUCCCGAUUGCUUUUGUGCUGGUUGCUCCGCGAUCGUCAAAAAGAAGUGCAAGAAAUUAUUGUCCAGGAAGGAGUUUUCACUGAUACUCAGAACAAAAUAAGUACCUCCAUUCCUAGGUCCCUUCAUCUCUGUCCCGAACUAAUACAUAACCUUUACUAAAUGGGAUUGUUAAAAAGAAACUUAAGUGAUUUUAUGCGGAGCUGAUGUUAUUCUUUACGCCUUAAGUUGAGUUGUUAUUAGUCCACUUGAUAACUUUGUCUUUUAAUUUGUUUAUGCAUGUUGCGAAUUGUCUUUUUUUAAGUGUUGAAUGGGUUUAUAAACUUGUUGUUGACACAGUGUC